AUGAAAAAAGAUGAUAAAGCCGCCUCCCCGCAUCCUAGCCCUCCAAAUUUCGAUUCAACUCCUGAAACCCAGCUUAAUGGAAAGGAAACCUCCCUAGACGACCCUACAAAUACUCCCAUCGACGAGGAACAUGAAUAUGUCACCGGAUACAAACUCUUCGUGGUGAUCGGUGCAAGUACUGUGGCUGGGUUUCUCAUGUUUCUGGACACAUCAAUUGUUGCGACAGCUAUUCCUAGAAUCACCAGCGACUUCCAUUCCCUCAGGGACAUUGGCUGGUAUGGAACUGCCUACCAAUUGGCCAGUUGUGCAUUACAACCAUUGACAGGGAAAUUCUACAACCAGUUUAACACAAGGUACACCUUUAUAUUCUUCAUGGUUCUGUUUGAACUGGGCUCCCUACUUUGCGGUGCAGCUAGUUCAUCGAAGAUGUUGAUCCUAGGUCGAGCCGUUGCUGGAAUGGGCGGAUCAGGCAUGAUGAACGGCGGAUUGAUGAUUCUUCGUGCUUGUGUUCCUAACGAGAAAGUUGCUGCUUACCUCGGCGUUAUGUUAGGCAUUUGCCAGAUGGGUGUUGUAAUGGGACCACUAGUUGGAGGCGCUUUGACUCAGUAUGUCAGCUGGAGAUGGUGCUUUUACAUUAACCUACCAUUAGGUGGACUAGUGGUUUUUGUCCUCUUCUUAAUUACCAUCCCCGACCGUCGUCCCAAGAGCGAAAUCAAAACCGGCAUAUGGACCAUUCUCCGCUCCUUCGACAUUCCGGGCUUUGCAAUAUUCGCGGCAACAACAGUCAUAUGCCUCCUCGCCCUCGAAUGGGGCGGCACAACAUACAAAUGGACCAGCGCCAAUAUCCUAGGACUAUUCUGCGGAUCUGCAGGUGCACUUGUAGCGUUCGUGCUGUGGGAAUACCGGCAGGGAGACGCAGCUAUGAUCCCACUUUCGGUGCUCGGGCAACGAAUUAUCUGGUCUAGCUGCCUCACAUACUUCUUCCUCUGCGCAAACAUGAUGGCCAUCAGCUUCUACAUGGCCAUCUACUUCCAAGCCGUGCGCGGCAGAACGCCGACGAUGAGUGGCGUGAAUAUCCUGCCUUCCAUUCUUAGCAAUAUGUUCUUUGCCGUGUUCUCUGGCCUCCUAGUCGGUCGCUGGGGCUACUACCUCCCCUGGGUGAUCGCCAGCGGGGCCAUAAACUCUAUCGCCACUGGCCUCCUCGCAACCCUAUCUCCAAACUCCUCAACUUUCCAAUGGAUCUUCUACCAAAUCAUCGCGGGUAUCGGUCGAGGAUGCGGUUUCCAAAUGCCUCUCGUCGCAGUACAAAACCACCUCCCCCCCUCAACUGUCUCCGUCGGCGUCGCCGCCGUCGUAUUCUCGCAAGCCUUUGGCCCAGCAAUAUUCCUCGCGUUCGCACAGACCGUCUUCUCUACCUCCUUAAUUAAGAACUUGCACACUCUUGCACCAUUAGUUGAUCCGGAGCAGAUUUUCCAGGCUGGAGCUAGCGGGUACCGGGAUGUUGUUCCCGCCGUGGAUCUGGCGGGUGUGGUGUUGAGUUAUAGUAAGGCGAUUGAUGAUGUGUUUUUCCUUGCCCUCGGGGCUGCGGCUGCGGCGUUUUUUGUUUGUUGGGGUAUGGGGUGGAGAAGUGUUAAAGGUACUAUGAAGGCUGUGCCGGAGGUGUGA